AUGUUCCUCCAUUACGAGUAUUGUCUUAUUGCCAUCAAACAAGUUUCCAAAAAAAUGAACCUCAAGUCCAUCCUCCUCCUGGGCAGCCUCGCCUUCAUGGUCCACGCCACCCCAACCACCAACUACCAACCUAUUCCCAAUAUGAGAAGCGAUGCCAACUCUCUGUCCGACGGCACCGCGUCCCUCACGGCCCGCGGCGGCUACGGAGUCUGGCUCGAUGUCUACCAUUCAGCCGACUGCAACAGCGGCUAUAAUGCCUAA